AUGCAUUUCAGAAUCAAGGUUGUGGGAUUCAAACACAUUCCCAUGGCUACAUACAAAGUUCAGACUGUUGUUUUCUUUGCGUUGUUGGGUUUAGGCAUUUGUUCUGCCACCAGAGCCCUCCUCACUCUUGAAGGAGGCGUUGGCUACAAUGUGGGGUCAGGCGCUGCCGUAGGCUAUGGUGGAGGCCACGGCGGUGGCGCGGGAUAUGGAGUCGGCGGCGCCGGAUCUGUAGGCGAGCAUGGGGGUGCUGGAUAUGGAAGUGGAGGUGGUGAAGGAGGUGGGGCUGGUUAUGGUGGUGGAGUAGAACAUGGAGGUGGGUAUGCUGGUGGUGGAGGCGGCGGAAGUGGCGGCGGCGGGGGAGCUGGUUAUGGUGCAGGCGGAGAGCAUGGUGGCGGUUAUGGUGGAGGAGGUGGAACUGGCGGCGGCUACGGGGCUGGCGGAGAGCAUGGUGGUGGUUAUGGUGGAGGAGGUGGAACUGGCGGCGGCUACGGGGCUGGCGGAGAGCAUGGUGGUGGUUAUGGUGGAGGAGGUGGAACUGGCGGCGGCUACGGGGCUGGCGGAGAGCACGGUGGAGGUUAUGGUGGAGGAGGUGGAACUGGAGGCGGCUACGGGGCUGGCGGAGAGCAUGGUGGCGGUGGAGGUGGAGGUAGCGGAGGUGGUGGUGGAGCAGGUUAUGGUGCGGGAGGAGCCGCAGGUGGUGGUUAUGGCAGUGGGGGAGGAGCAGGUGGGGGAGCUGGUGGAGAACACGGUGGUGGUGGAGGUGGAGGUAGCGGAGGUGGCGGCGGAACGGGUUACGGAGAGGGAGGAGCCGCAGGUGGUGGUUAUGGCAGUGGGGGAGGAGUAGGUGGGGGAGCUGGCGGAGAGCAUGGUGGUGGUGGAGGUGGAGGUAGCGGAGGUGGCGGUGGAAAGGGUUACGGCGGGGGAGGAGCCGCGGGUGGUGGUUAUGGCAGUGGCGGAGGAGCCGGUGGGGGAGCUGGCGGAGCGCAUGGUGGUGGUGGAGGUAGCGGAGGUGGCGGUGGAGCUGGUUACGGCGAGGGAGGAGCAGCUGGUGGUGGUUAUGGCAGCGGUGGAGGAGCUGGUGGGGGAGCCGGUGGGGCGCAUGGUGGCGGAUAUGGUGGUGGAGCAGGCGGCGGAGGUGGAGAAGGAUAUGGUGCUGGAGGAGCAGGAGGCGGUGGUUAUGGUAGUGGUGGGGGAGCCGGAGGGGGGCAUGGUGGUGGAUACGGUGGCGGCGGCGGAGAGGGUGGUGGCCAUGGUGGCUACAUUCCUUGAUAAUACUGCCUUCUAUCAGUCAGUUGCUCACUCUAUUGGGAAUUGUUGUUGGGGAUGGCUUGGUGGCUACUGUAACAUUAUAAUUCCAAUAAUAAUAAUAACAAUAUGAAUAUAUAUUAUAUUAUUUAAAGUUUGGGAAAAAGAGGAGAUUGUAUUCUCGAUCUUCUCUUGAGUAUUAUAUAAAUUUCGCAUUUUGACUUUCA